UUUAUGUUUAUUUUUCUCGCUGUUCUAUAUAGCCGUCUUGUCGGAUUGAAAAUGUUUUCUUACCGUCAGUUCAGUCGUUAUCAAGUCGGCAUUCGAAGUGGUUCGAUCGCACCCCCAAGAAUAAGAACUACAGAUACUCGAGCGCACAAUCCGUUCCGUCCAGUGAACUAGUCAGGACGCGAAGUAAAUUAAAUAAAGACAGUUCCACAGAUUCAUUAGAGGCGAUUCCGACGAGACCAUUUGCAACUCGAGUUGCAUUAUCGGAGGUAACAGAUAACCUCCACCCUUCUGCUUGGACUUGGACUCGGAUCAGAUCAGAUCAGUCAUCAUAAGGAAGUGGCAGAAAUCAGACAUACAUCAUCUAUAGACCUGCAGACGCAGCAUCGAGAAAAGACGCCAAAAGAGUGAGUCCAGCGCGACAUAACGUGCAUACGUCCCAUUACCAUGAUCGGAAAACAGCGCAUUUUGCGGACUAGUGCGCUGGGUCUAGUUUUGUCCACCUUCAGUCUUUUCUCGGUGGUUUACAUGGAUCAGAUAGAACGUUGGAUGCUCGAGUGGUUGAUGGUCUUAAGGCCCGGAACUCUGAUAAGCACUCUGUGGGAGUCGCCCUCCAUGGAUAUAAACGUGGAUCUGUAUAUUUUCAACUGGACAAACUCAGAGAGCAUAGGCGAUCCAACAGUGAAGCCUCGAUUUGAGGAACUCGGACCUUACCGCUUCACGGAGCGAAUGCAGAAGGUCAACGUGGUGUGGCACGAUGAGAACUCAACGGUUUCCUACAAGCGCCGCAGUCGAUUCGAUUUCGAUCCAAAACUCAGUGCUGGACGUCCCUCCGAUCCCAUAGUGGCGCCCAACCUGCUAAUCGUGGGCUUGUACCAGAAGAUGAUGCUGUGGAGUCCCAUGCUGCGAUCCCUCAUGAUGAUGGCUUUAAAUAUUUACGGUAGGGAGCAGACGAUGGUCCGACCCGCCAGCGACUGGAUGUUUGACGGAUUCGACACUCCGCUGAUCAAGAUGAGCAAAAUGGUGCCGCCUAGUCUCGUUCCGGAGAUGAAGUUUCCCUAUGAGAAGAUCGGCUACGCCUAUCCACGCAAUGGCAGUGUGGAGAUCUACGGCCAUCACAAUGUCUACACUGGACGAGAUGACUUUAAGAAACUUGGUCAAAUAGCUAAGUGGCGUUACAACAACUUCACGGAAGCCAGUCCCAGAUGCAAACUGAAGGGCAGUACCGGGGAGUUCCACCCAAUACCGCUGGUGAAAGGCAGACCCAUAACCUACUUCCUGCCCGAUCUGUGCCGAGAACUACAGGUGGACUAUUUCGGCACCACCCUUUUCGAAGGUGUCGAGGCGUUCGUGUACAAGGGCAGUGCGCGCAACAUGGCCAAUGGUACUGACAACCCUGAUAACAGUUGCUAUUGUCAAGAAAACUGCCAGGAGGUGAGGUCUGGUCUCCUGAACAUAUCUUCCUGCUGGUACGGGGCUCCAGUUUUUGCAUCCUAUCCGCACUUUUAUCAGGCCGAUCCAUACUACGCUGAGCAAGUGGAGGGCAUGAAGCCCGACAAGGAUCGCCACGCGAUGGUCAUUAUGUUGGAGCCCAAGACCGGAAUGGUGCUGGAGAUCAAGGCCCGCAUUAUGGCCACUUUGUUAGUCGAACCCAGAACCCAUUUAAUCUAUCGCAGUGCGAAAAAGACGUUCUUCCCGUUGAUCUGGGCAGAUUAUAAUGUGCGCAUCUCGGACGAUUUGUUAGGAUACGUGAAGUUAAUACCAUUCGUAGAGUUUGUGGGCAAAAUCUGCGGAGUCCUAGGCGUGUUCUUGGGCGUGCUUAUGGUUUUCUGGUAUCCCCACCAGAUGAUUUGGCAGAAACGGCUAAUGCAGAAGAUCGAGAUCAACGCUCUGGAGACGACCAGAACAUCCAACCCCGUAAAAAAUAAUGGUGUGGAGGAUUCGCCGCUGCUGAUAGGAUUCAGUACACCGUAGCGGAAUUUCGAGCUUAAGCUUACUGAGUGUGUAUCAUGCCAUAGGGUUUAGUGUGCAGGGUUCUUUCUUGCCUGGGCUAAAGUCCGAGCCAAUAAAUGGAAACGGUUAACAAAUAGUCGGGGCUUGAAGAGAAUCCAAUAUUAUUUAGAUUAUGUACCCGUUUUAGUUAUUUUAGUGAUGUUUGGGAGAGUCCAUUGCAAUUUCUUAUCAAAUUGAAUCAUAAACUUAAAAUGGUCGACAAGGAAAAAUACCUCACUUAUUUCUGAUUGAGAACACACUGUACAAUGUACAUUAUAAUAUUGGAAUGUACAAAUGUACAUACCUAUACAUGAACAAUGUACAUUAAGCAUAAAUCCUCUCGAAGCACUUACGACCCUAGGGCUAACCGAUUCAGAACCGAUUGAAGAAAAUGUUUACCACACACUGCAAAGCCAAAACCGGUCUGGCCAAAAAACCAGAGAGAGCGAGAGAGAGUGCUCAAUUGCGCCGCUAUCUGAGUACACCCUACACUUGGUGAAGUCCAUUAUUUUGAUUAGUCAUAAAGAGAACAUUAUGGUUAAGUAGACUUUGGAAUGAGUAAGAAGUGAUUAAAAAACUAGAAAAUCAUUAAA